AUGGUGGACGUGACGGAUGUUGGGAGUGCAACAGAAUUGCGCCAGCUGAUCUGCCGAAACUUAGGGCUGCCCGAUGCCGAAGGAGCACAGAUCUAUCUGACAGAGCUCGGCAAAUCCGAUCACGAUGACCCAUUAGACGAUAUGAAGCUUACAACAAACAAAGGUUUGAAGGCUGACUCUGCCGGAACUCUGAAGCUCUUCGUUCGGCCGGGGCCGAUGGCUGGCUUAGGAUUCCAGAUGGGCGUGCAGGAGGGUCUCGCACCAACAUAUAUACCCGCCGGGGCUACAAUGGACGAAGAUACCUACGCCCGUCUGAACGGUCACCGACCGAGAUCGAGCUCGUCCCCGCCAACGUCCCGCCAGAACACGAUAAGCGGCGAUCGGCCCACGGAGGAAGUGAAGGCAGAUCUCAGCCAGCAAGCAGGCGCCUAUAGGGCGGAGAUGGAACGCAAGCAGCAGGAAUACUUGGCAAAACGAAGGCAAGCUGCCAUGAAAGACAGUCCCUCCGAGGGCGCCUCUUAUGGAAUUGUUGGCAGGAACGUGAACUUCGACGAACCACGAAACUCGCCCUACGAAGAGAAGAAAUUCGCCGAUAACCUCUUGCCCCAACGCAAGGCCCCCGCAGCGCCGCUCGAUCCAUCCGCCACUCUGAUUAAAGCGAACUCGCUCAGCAGAAGAACGGGAGAUCGUAUGAGAUUGAGCCAGGGCAGUCUCGAUGGGUAUCCGACUAAGAGACCGGGAUCUGGCGACUCACCGAAACAGAUGUCAGAGAAGAGGAAGCCGAUGCAAUCCGCCCAAGCUCUCGGGGGUAUUGGCGCCGCUUUGGCGUCCAUGGGGAGAAAUCUUGGGGGAAUAGCUCACCCUGGUGCUGGAGCACGGGCAGUAUCACCUAACCGGGCAGUGUCAUCGCCCAUGCCCAAUGGUGACUUCAAUGACCGAGGUAAGGGAGCCAUGUCGACUGUCUACCCUUCGGGGCAGCAGCAACAGCCUCCGGGAAGCAGUAGUCCGCGACCAAGAACGCCCGGGUCGCCCGGCUCCAUAACGUGGAGCCGUGGCAACGUGCCGUUCCUAGUGCCCGACUAUUCACCCGGCGGUACCCCGUUGCUGCCUGGCGAUGACAGUUUCGACGGCGGCAAGCCUGCAGAGAAUGGAACGGUCGCUAAAAUGAGACAAGCAGCAGCGGAGACCGCUACACGGCGAGCAGUUUCGCCGGGCAAUGUCAGUCCAACUGCAGUAGCAGGUAGCGGAAGCGGGUUCGCGCAACCACGCCGUAAGAGCCACGGUCCAGAUGUCGACUUCACGGAAACAGAAGUCAGCUUCUCAAGACCAGCGGCACCGGCUAUUCAGGCAUCGGGAGAUGACUCUGGCGACGACUCGGAUGAUGGGCUCUUCGCUGUACCGAUCUCAUCGAGGAGCCCUAGCAAGUCAAAGGGCAAAGCAGCCGCAAAACCAGUGCCUGUCUUUGAUGGUGAUAGCGGGGGCGAGUCAGAUCCCAAUAAUAAGCGACCAACCUUGACAGUCAACACAAAACGCAGCAAGAAGAAUCUAUCUGUGUCCUUCUCCAGCCCACAAUCCAUGGGCAUCAAGACGCCAGAGGUCGAUGAUGACGAGUCUAGCGCACGAAGCUCCAAGAGCUCGAGACGCACACCUGGAACACCAGCUAGCGAGGGCUGGGAGUCAAAUGAAGAUGUCAAGUUAAGCAGACGUAAGAGCUUCAUCGAGAAAGAUGUCUGGGCCAACCGUCCACCAACGGAUGCCCUUAUCAAUAAUCUUGAGGACUUCUUCCCCAACCUGGAUGUCGACCAGCCAGUCCUUGAGGAAGGUGAGCAAGAACUGCCACCAAGCCCCAUUGCAGAGGCCGAUGAGAGCCCUACCGAGAGAACAAAACAACCUCCCACCCCAAGCCAGCAACCGUCCGCAAUCCCACCGUCUAGAGCCUCGUCAAUUUAUGGCGAGAGCGACACUCUCGGCUCAGAUGAAUCCACACUAAAGGCUCUCGAGCGGCCAGCAUCCAUAGCCAGUGUCGCUCAUCGCAGCAUUCGGAGGUCAGGCGGGCUAGGACGUAUGAAGUCCAUCAGAGAAGUUGCGCGCGGUGCCCAUGAGGCAAAUAAACGCUACACGCAAACUUCCCAGCAGGCAACCGGUGCUGCAGGCGCGGCUGCUAGCAGUGCAAUCAUGCGUCGCAAAUCUACGAAGAUGUUUAAUGCCAACAUUGUGCAGAUCCGACCAGAGCGUGGCUCUAUGGUCAUGCCUCAGAUACCUCAGGACACUCUUCCCAAGAGACAGACUACAUUCCGGUGGUUCAAGGGUCAGCUGAUCGGAAAGGGAACGUACGGCCGUGUAUACCUUGGUAUGAAUGCGACCACCGGAGAGUUCUUGGCUGUGAAGGAGGUUGAAGUCAAUCCAAAAGCAGCAGGUGGCGACAAAAACAAGAUGCGAGAGCUGGUCGCUGCAUUGGAUCAGGAAAUCGAUACUAUGCAACAUCUUGAUCAUGUCAAUAUUGUGCAGUAUCUCGGGUGUGAGCGGAAGGAGACGAGCAUCAGCAUCUUCCUUGAGUACAUCAGCGGUGGUAGUAUUGGAUCAUGUCUACGCAAACACGGUCGUUUUGAAGAGUCUGUUGUGUCCUCUCUGACGAGACAGACUCUAUCUGGUCUCGCUUACCUGCAUCGCGAGGGAAUUUUGCAUCGUGAUCUCAAAGCCGACAACAUAUUGUUGGAUCUUGACGGAACCUGCAAGAUCUCCGAUUUUGGUAUCAGCAAGAAAACAGAUAACAUCUACGGCAACGACAAGACGAACAGUAUGCAGGGCAGUGUCUUCUGGAUGGCUCCUGAGGUCAUCCGGUCACAAGGUGAAGGCUACUCCGCCAAGGUAGAUAUUUGGAGUUUGGGCUGUGUCGUGCUCGAGAUGCUGGCUGGUCGCCGACCGUGGAGCAAGGAAGAGGCGGUUGGGGCGAUCUACAAGAUUGCCAAUGGCGAAACGCCUCCGAUUCCUGAGGAGGUGCGCAUGCACAUCAGUCCACUGGCGCUGGCGUUCAUGCUGGACUGCUUUACUGUGUAA